AUGAUCUCGAGCCAUUCCCAUUCCAACAACAACUCUUCAGUUGCUUCUUCCUCUUCUCCGCUCUUUGAUUAUUAUCUCAUUUUGGAUUUUGAAGCCACUUGUGAUGAUAAAAUUAAAAAUUUCCGAAAUGAAAUUAUUGAAUUUCCAACAUUGGCCAUCAAUGCUCGAACAUUAAAAAUAGAUUUUGAAUUUCAUUAUUAUGUAAAACCAAAGGAAAAUAAGAUUUUGACACAAUUUUGUAAAGAAUUGACAGGAAUACAACAAGAAUGGAUCGAUACUGGUGUGGAAUUUGAGACAGUCAUGAAAUUGCACAAUGAAUGGAUGAUGGACCAUUUCAUCAAUAAGAACUUGAAAUUUGCUUUUGUCACUUGUGGGGAUUGGGAUCUCAAAACCAUGAUUACCAAACAAUGUCGAAAGGAACAUAUCAAAGUACCCUCUUAUUUCUCUUCUUGGAUUAACAUAAAAAAAGUUUAUUCGAAAAUGUACAACAAAUCUAUUCAUGGCAUGACUGACAUGUUGAAAGAUUUAAAAUUGGAUCUCAUUGGAAGACACCAUUCAGGCAUUGAUGACUGUAGAAAUAUUGGCCGUGUGGCUGUUGAAAUGUUAAAGCAAGGAAAGCAAUUAGAUAUCACCUCCAAGAUUGAAGAUUUCGAAUAUGAGUGGAAAAGUAAAAAGAAUAAAAAGUAA